GAAGCUGCCAAGAGCCCCUCUGCGUUCCUGCGGGGAGGGUCUGGGGGGGCUCCUUUCCCCCCCCCCCCCCCCCCCCCCCCCGCUGCUCCCGGCUUUCACAUGAUGGCAGCAGAGGCGAGGAAACGCGCCGGUGUCCGGCCAGAUCCCGGCUGAGCCCGGGGCCCUGCUCCUGGCCCCGCUGCCCCAGCCUGCCCCGCGCUGCUCUGGCCCCGGGAUCGGGCCCAGCUCCUCCUCCGGCCGCCCCGUGACGGUCCCAGGGGUGACUUUACCUGCCCAACCUGCGCUGCCGCCACCCGUCCCACCCCUUGAGUCAACCCGGGCCGCGCUGCUCCGCCAACGCGACGUCCCGCGUCGCCUCUGCUUCCCGGCCCCCGCUCCCGAGACCCCGCUCGCUCCCCGCCGCCCGAGGAGACUUUGCCCUCCGCAUCCCCUCCCUCGGGAGGCCUCCACGAGCCCGCCCCGCUCGAGGCUUUGCGGAGGGAAGGAGGAAACCUCGAGCAGAGAGGGAAGGAGGAAAACCGGCAGCAGGGCGACAUGAGCAACGCCGAGGAGGAUUACAACUUCGUCUUCAAGGUGGUCCUGAUCGGGGAGUCCGGGGUGGGCAAAACCAACCUGCUGUCCCGCUUCACCCGCAACGAGUUCAACCACGACAGCCGCACCACCAUCGGCGUGGAGUUCUCCACCCGCACCAUCGUGGUGGGCGACGCCAUGGUGAAGGCACAGAUCUGGGACACGGCCGGGCUGGAGCGGUACCGCGCCAUCACCUCCGCGUAUUAUCGGGGCGCCGUGGGUGCCCUGGUCGUCUUCGACAUCACCAAGCACCAGACGUACGACGUGGUGGACCGCUGGCUGAAGGAGCUGUACGACCACGCCGAGCCCAGCAUCGUGGUGAUGCUGGUGGGGAACAAAACCGACCUGGCGCAGGCUCGGGAGGUGCCCACGGAGGAGGCGAAAAUGUUUGCAGAGAACAACGGGCUGCUGUUCGUCGAGACCUCGGCGCUGGACUCCACCAACGUCGAGCAGGCUUUCGAGACCAUCCUGAAGGAGAUCUUCCACAAGGUGCAGACGCAGAAGCAGAGGAGCAGCCAAGGCAGCACGGUGUCGCUCGGCAGCGAGAGCCCGGAGAGCUCGGCCCCGGCGCAGGCGGAGAAGCGCCCGUGCUGCGUGGCCAUCUGAGCCCGCCGGGCAGCUCGGGGGGCCCGGGACGUGCCAAGGGCACGGAGCUGGGGCUGCCACCGUGCCGGCCCCUUUGGGCCAC